GGUAGGUCGUCGGCGUCAUCGAACAAGGUUAGGCUUCUCCUCUGCUCUGGCAUUUUUAUGUCUGAUUAUGAGUCAGACAUGAGUAGCCUACCACGUCCAGUAUAAGUAAUCUUCACAGCCGAGUUCACAGGACAGGCGCCCAACCCGAGCAGAGCAGGACUAACGUUCAUUAUCACGGACUUGAGAGUUCCCUAGAGAAGUUUAACUACUACGAGCUCUUUCCGGUACUUUGGAGCCCACGUUCCGUCGUUAAACCUGAUAAACCAUCCAAAACAAAGAUGCCUAAAGCGGUCAAUAUCCGGGUUACCAGCAUGGAUGCUGAGUUGGAGUUCUCCAUUGUUCCCAGCACCACCGGCAAAGAGUUGUUCGAUCAGGUGUCCAGAACGGUCGGUCUGCGGGAGACCUGGUACUUCGGCCUGCUGUUCGUCAACACCAAAGGGUUCCAAACAUGGCUGAAGUUUGAUAAAAAAGUGUUAGCCCAGGAAGUAAAGAAAGAUGUUCCCCUCCAGUUUCGUUUUACGGCCAAGUUCUACCCAGAGGACGUGGAUGAGGAGCUGAUCCAGGAGAGCACCCAGAAACUGUUCUUCCUGCAGGUGAAGGAGGACAUCCUAAAUGAUGAGGUGUACUGCCCUCCAGAGUCUGCUGUUCUGCUAGCCUCCUACUCUGUACAGGCCAAGUUUGGAGACUUCAAUAAGGAAACACACCAGAAUGGUUACCUGGCCAAUGAAUGCCUGCUGCCCAAGAGAGUGCUGGAUCAACACAAGCUGUCUAAAGAACAGUGGGAGCAGCGGAUCCAGACCUGGCACGAGGAACACAGAGCUAUGCUCAAGGAGGAUGCUAUGCUGGAGUAUCUAAAGAUCGCCCAGGACUUGGAGAUGUAUGGAGUCAACUUCUUUGACAUUAAGAACAGGAAGGGGACAGAGCUGUGGCUCGGGGUAGAUGCCCUGGGACUCAACAUCUACGAGAAGGACGACAGACUGACUCCAAAGAUUGGGUUUCCCUGGAGUGAAAUUAGGAACAUUUCAUUCAAUGAUAAAAAGUUCAUCAUCAAGCCCAUUGAUAAGAAAGCUCCCGAUUUUGUGUUCUACGCCCCUCGUCUGGGGAUGAAUAAGCGCAUCCUGGCUCUGUGCAUGGGGAACCAUGAGCUAUACAUGAAACGCAGGAAGCCGGACAACAUCGAGGUGCAGCAGAUGAAGACUAAGGCCAGGGAGGAGAAACACCAGAAACAGAUGGAAAGGGCCCAGCUGGAGAACGAGAAGAAGAAGCGGGAGGCCAUGGAGAAAGAGAAGGAUCAGAUGGAGAGAGAGAAGCAGGACUUGAUGCUGAGGCUUUACCAGUUUGAGGAGACAACCAAGAGGGCAGAGAGAGAACUACAGGAGCAGCUGGAGAGAGCUAUCCGUCUGGAAGAGGAGAGGAGGAGGGUGGAGGAAGAGGCAGGCAGGCUGGAGGCUGAGAGACAGGCUGCUCUACUGGCCAAAGAAGAGCUGGCCAGGCAGGCUGUGAUUCAGCUAGAGAGUCAGGAACAGCUGGCUGCAGAGCUGGCAGAGUACACGGCUAAGAUCGCCCUGUUGGAGGAGGCCAAGAGGAUCCAGGAGGAAGAGGCCGAAACAUGGCAGAGCAGAGCUAAAGAGGUGCAGGAGGACCUUCUGAAGACUAGGGAGGAGCUUCACUUGGUAAUGGCCGCCCCCGCUGCCAUCCCGGCCCCUCCCUCACCCGACAGCAGCCACAGCAGCCACAGCGACCAUGAGGAAAGCGAGGAGAACAGCACCUACAGCGCUGAGUUGCAGCAGCAGGACAUCAAUGACCAUCGGGAGGAGGAGGAGCGUGUCACCGAGGCCGAGAAGAACAAACGCAUUCAGGCACAACUAAUGUCCCUGAGUGCUGACCUGGCCGAGACCAGAGACGACACCAUGAAGACUCAGAACGACCUGCUACACACGGAGAACGUCCGCGCUGGCAGAGACAAGUACAAGACCCUGCGGCAGAUCCGUAUGGGCAACACCAAGCAGAGAGUGGACGAGUUUGAAUCCUUGUAGACCACAAAGAGAGAGAGAGAGAGAGAGAGAGAGAGAGAAAGAGCGAUGGAGGUAGAUGGAGAGAGAGAGAGAGCGAUGGAGAGAGAGCGAGAGAUGGAGAGAUGGAGAGAGAGAGAGAGAGAGAGAGAGAGAGAGAGACAGAUAGAGAUGGAAAGAGAGAGGGAGAGAGAGAGAGAGAGACUGAGAUAGAGAGAGAAUGGUCCUGGAGAAAACAUUAAAACAAGAAAACAUACCUUGUUGGUCCAUAGGAAGAUUUGGUAGAAGUAAAGCCGCUCACUGUUUAGCCAGUACCUAAAUAUCUCCAACUCCAACAGUAAUCUCCUUGAGAAAAGUCAGUCUCACACUGACUAAGAGAUAAAGUUUAUAACAUUCUAAAAACGAUAAGUAUAACAUUUUAGAUCAGAGAUAGUGUUGCCCUUUUUUUUCUUUUGUUGAAAUAAAAAAAAAUAACUGAUCAAACUCCAAACUCUGAUAAGAAAGAAUUCUUAAAAGAGCAAAUGAAUGUUUCCUCAUUUUAUGACACGUCGUUCUGUCUCUCCGAUAGAUAUAGGUAGGAGGAGAAAAGGAGCAAGUUGUGCAAGUUCUUAUCAUAAUCAUUAUUUCUGUCAACAUGCAUUGGUGUGUGUGUGUGUGUGUGUGUGUGUGUGUGUGUGUGUGUGUGUGUGUGUGUGUGUGUGUGUGUGUGUGUGUGUGUGUGUGUGUGUGUGUGUGUGUGUGUGUGUGUAGGUUUAAAACUGUACAUUGCUAUAUUUUGAAAACUACGGUAGCUUCUUAAGUAAUCAGUGUCUUCCUAGACCAAAAUAAGAAUGAUUGAACGCACGUUAUAAAUAUAUUGAUUACCAAUCAUAUGUGAUUACACGAUGACUUACUAAGUAAAGAAAUGACUCAGUAGGUUGUAUUGAUCAGAGGGGGUGCUGAGUGUCACUCCUUCCUUUGAUAUAGGAUGUAUCCCAGAUAGCACCCUAUUCCCUUUAUAGUGCACUCCUUUCACCAGGGCCCACCCUAGUCCCUUUAUAGUGAACUACUUUCACCAGGGCUCACCCUAUCCCCUUUAUAGUGCACUCCUUUUACCAGGGCCCACCCUAUCCCCUUUAUAGUGCACUACUUUCACCAGGGCCCACCCUAUCCCCUUUAUAGUGCACUAUUUUCACCAGGGCCCACCCUAUCCCCUUUAUAGUGCACUACUUUCACCAGGGCCCACCAUAUCCCCUUUAUAGUGCACUACUUUCACCAGGGCCCACCCUAGUCCCUUUAUAGUGCACUCCUUUCACCAGGGCCCACCAUAUCCCCUUUAUAGUGCACUACUUUAACCAGGGCCCACCAUAUCCCCUUUAUAGUGAACUACUUUCACCAGGGCCCACCCUAGUCCCUUUAUAGUGCACUACUUUCACCAGGGCCCAUCAUAUCCCCUUUAUAGUGCACUACUUUCACCAGGGCCCACCCUAGUCCCUUUAUAGUGCACUACUUUUACCAGAACCCGAUCACUGCAUAGGGAAUAGGGGAUGGUAGUAUUAUUUAUUUAAUUAAACAACAACAGCAUUUUGUCUGGGUUGCAGCUGUAUAUUGAAGAGAACCAAUUGAAUAUAAAGAUUGUACUGAUGAUGGUUUAUAAUAUCUUAUGCCUGUCAUGGAUCAUUAUCUUGGCCUCACACUGUUUAAUAAAAAAAAAAACAUCAA